GAGACCAAGAGAGUUUGGAGACCAACAAUGGAGACGGAGAGAGCGGAGACUUGGCGGGCGGAGCGAGAGUGCCGUGUGCAAAAAGGAGUAACGGGACGCCGCCGGACUUUGGACUUUGGAAAGAGGGUGCCACAUCUCAGCAGCGGUGCGGCACACAACCAUGUCGCAUGCGUCCCCGGGAUCAGCGGGACGUCAGCAUCAGGCUGGACGGCGGCGGGAAGCAGUGCGUCAAGGACAAGAGGGUCAAACAGGGACCAUGGACUUUGGACCCGAUGUGGAGAGUUUUGGCGUGCCGUGUGCAAAAGGGAAAUAACGGUUCCCAGAGGCCCUAUAUAAACCCGCAGGGCGCUGGCAGCGAGAUCAGUCAGUCAAGAGCAGUCAUCGAGAUCAGUCAGUCAAGAGCAGUCAUUGAGAAGAGUCAGUCAAGUGAAGAGCAUCCAGUCGAGAUCAGUCAGUCAAGAGCGAGCAGUCAGUCGAGAGCAAGGAGUCGUCGGAAGCAGCGCCGUGGGAGCCUACGAGGAGCAAGAUCGUCACGUCGAGACGUUCGGGAUUGGGAUUACUAGGAAUCUCCGAACUGAGACACAGGUGGCUGAGGUCUAAGGAGGCGCCACACGGCCAAGUUCUGUUCUGUCCUGCCGACGAAGUCCUGGCGGUACGCCUGG